AUGAGUGCCGGAGAACUUCUCAAUAUUGAACCUUUGGAGCUCCAAUUUCCUCUUGAGCUGCUGAAGCAGGUCUCUUGUUCGCUCCAAUUGUCGAACAAAACGGAUUAUCAUGUGGCUUUUAAGAUUAAAACUACCAAUCCGAAGAGAUAUAUUGCUCGACCAAAAGCUGCAGUUGUUUUGCCGAGAUCAACAUGUCAAGUAAUAGUUAUAAUGGCACUUAGGGAAGCUCCCACAGACAUGAAGUGCAGGGACAAAUUUAUGGUUCAGAGUGUAGUUGCUAACCCUGGAACAACACCCGAGGAUAUAACUGAAGAAAUGUUCAAUAAAGAGGUUGGCAAGCAAGUGGAAGAGUGCAUGCUGAAAGCUGUUUAUUUUGAUCUUUAUCAAUCACUGUCGACAUUUGCUGAAGGAUCUGGGAUCGUCAAAGAAUCCGAAACAGAAACAGAUACAGUGCCUAAGAGACAGGGAAGGAUGUCUGUUCUAGACGCAGCUUCAAGUUUCCUUGUCGACAACAUCAGGCAAAUACUCAUGUACAAGCCUCAUCUGAUUGCUGAGGUGAGGGAAAACUUUGUGGAACUAAGUCAACAACUGGUGAUCCUCAAGGGCCUGAUGAAGGAUUUCACAAGCUACCAUCACGAUACCAAGUUUCUCAAGCAAAUGACAAACGAGAUUAAGUCAGCACUUGAUGAAGCAGAGGAUGCUAUUGAUACUUACAUACUCCAAGCUGCCGUGGAAAAGUCUAGAGAUUGGGCUUCCAGGGCCUUUCACGAGAUGAGAGAUUACCCCCUGGUGCUCCAGAAUGUGGUUAGACGGAUUGCAGAAAUUGGCAAUAAAGUUAAGAGAAUAAUCAACGAGGAAAACAUAAAGAAUGGCUUUGAGGUACUGCAAUACCAGGACAUUGGCAACCUUAGCCGAUCUGCAAAUCCCACUAAGGCAGCAAGAGUUCCAGAAGAUCAAGUAAUUGGGUUUGAUAGGGCAGCUGAAGAGGUUGGAAAACUUCUGACUGGUGGUCUAGAACGUCUUGAAAUCAUCUCAAUAGUCGGAAUGUCAGGAUUGGGGAAAACAACACUAGCUAAGCAGGUCUAUAAGGAUCAUGAUCUUGAUUACAUAUUUGCAAUUCGAGCCUUUGUCCAUGUUUCAAAUGAAUACAACAAGAGAGAAGUGCUGCUCAAAAUUUUAACUUCAUUUACCAAAAUAAAUGAUCCUGUAGCUAAGAUGAAUGAAGAACAGCUAGAAAGGUAUCUUUAUCAGAACUUGAAGAGAAGAUCAUAUCUUCUUGUAUUGGAUGAUGUUUAUUCCACAAAGGAUUGGGAUAAAUUUAAAAAUGUUUUCCCUAACAACGACUUGCAGUGUAGAGUCCUAAUAACUACCUGCAACACAGAAGUGGCAGAGUAUGCUAAUCCAAGAAAUCCCAACUCGAUUCAUCACUUGGAUUUUCUAAACCUGGAAGAAAGUAGAAAGUUACUCAGGUGGAAGGUUUUCAAUGCAAACUAUUGCCCUAUUAAGAUACAAGAGUAUGAGAUACAAAUUGCUAAAAAAUGCAAUGGUUUGCCAUUGGCUUUGUUGGUUGCUGCUGGUAUUGUUUUAAAUCAUCCUGAUAGAAUUAAUUGGUGGAGGGUGGUGGCUAGUAGUUUACAAGAUCACAAUGCUAGGGAUACAACACAGAUCACCGAGGUGAUACAACUGAUGUACAAGCACCUACCAGAUUACUUGAAGCCUUGUCUUCUUUACCUUGGUAUCUUUCAUUUUGAAAUCCCUGUAUGGAAAUUGGUGCGCUUGUGGAUUUCUGAAGGGCUUAUACUAAAUGACGACAAUUUUAAUUUGGAGAUUAUAGCAGAGCAAUAUUUAGAAGAACUUGUUCAAAGAAACUUAGUGAUGGUUGGACGGAGGAGCUCAAAUCAGAGAAUAAAAACUUAUCUUAUGCAUGAUUCUCUCCGUGCCUUCUGCCAGGCUGAAGGUUCAAAACAGAACUUUUAUCACGAGAUCAAGAAAGAUGAGCUGUUCUUUUCAUUUAGUAACACCAAUCACUAUCGACGCCUUUACAUUGACAAUGUCGAUAUUUUGGGAUAUAUUUCUGGGAACCAUUCAGGUAGUUCUACUUCUAUUCGUUCUUUCUUAAUUUUUGUUGAGCAAGAAUUACUAUUGGACUCAGAACUAGUUCCACUCAUACUAGAAACUUUCAAGCUUCUCAAGGUGUUUGAGAUUGAAUCUCUCACCUUCACCCGUUUUCCAGUUAGCUUGUGCAAUGUUGUUCUAUUGAAAUAUCUAGCUAUAUCCUCCACCAUUUCAAGCCUUCCCUCAACAUUAUCUAGCCUGUGGAAUUUGCAAACUCUGAUAGUAAAUACUACUUCUCUUACCUUGGAGAUUAAAGCUGACUUAUCCAAGAUGUCACAAUUCAGGCAUUUACAUACCAAUACAUCCACCAUUUUGCAAUGCCCUAGCACUCAAACCCAGAACAAGUUUGUCCAAACAAUGUGCAAUGUUUCACCUAAAAGUUGCACUAGAGAACUUUUUUAUUGGACUCCCAAACUGAAGAAAUUGGGCAUCUGCGGUACAUUAAAUGAAAUCUUGGAGGUUAGAGGUGGUGAAUGUAGUUUAUUUGGAAAUAUUUGCAAUUUGGAAAUCCUGGAGAAUUUGAAGUUACUGAAUGAUGAUGAAACAUUCGGGCUGCGAAGUCUUCCUUCAGAAAAAGGUUUUCCAAAACAAUUGAGAAAGCUUACCUUGGUUAAUACUUUGUUGGAAUGGGAGCAGAUGUCCACAUUAGGGAAACUGGUGAACCUUGAAUGCCUCAAGCUUGGAAAAUUUGCAUUUAAAGGAAAGUUGUGGCACACUGAGGUGGGAGGUUUUCGCCAUCUUAAAGAUUUGCAUAUUGGACAUACAAAUUUGGUAGUCUGGCAGGCGGAAGCAGAAAAUUUUCCAAUGCUCAGGAGUCUUGUACUCAACAGAUGUGAUAAGCUUCGGAGUUUCCCAGAUGGCUUGACAGAUAUUCCGAGCCUCCAAUUGGUGGUCCUCCACGGCGCAAAUUCUGAGUUGUCCAACUCUCUCAGGAGAUUUCAUUUGUUGAAGCUUGUACAAGCCAAAAACGCAGACAGAAAAAACAUCUUCAAGCUCACUGUUCAUCCUCUAUUCGAUUGA